GUGGUAAGAGGAACAGGAAGAGGAGUGAGGAGAGAGGAGUGAGAGCAGGCAGUCAGAAGGAGUGAGAGCCCGGCGUGUUGGCGCGUGAAGCUCUCCAUUGCUGUGCGGUGUGUUUUUCUUCCUUUUCUUCUUCUUGUUCUUCACUAAGUUGCUGUCGGGACGAGUGACACGUCAGAAGAUGCUGUGCUGCGUCUGUGGCGACUUCGAGGGAUAAAGACAUUAAAGGGGAACUGUCAGCGAUCAAAGUUGAGAUGGCCGAAGAGGGUCUGCUGGAGCGUCUCCUCAUCACCGAGGAGGGAGACGCGGCCCAGGGAGUCGCCCGCCGGGGGGCCGCGAGCGCAGAGACGGCUCCGAAGGAGGAAGCGGAACACGCGGGAGGGGACGAGAGCAAAGAAAGAAAGAAAAUGUGCGCACAAGCGCAGAGAGGAGCGGGAGAACCGCGAGCCGACGCAGAGCACGGCCGGACGGGGGAGGCUGUUGUGAAAACGGAGGAAGACGAUGGACCACAGAGAGGGGGUCUGUGUGAGAGCACACGUGGGACGGUGAGGCUCCAGAGUGAACCUGAGAAAGCCACUGACACAGUUCCAGAGGAUGGAAAGGCUAUUCAAAAAGAAACUCCAGUGCACAUUAGGAGCUUAAACCCCUCCCAGACACACCAAGAAAAGGAUCCUAAAAAGGCUCACCGGUUAACUCCUGACUUCCCGGAGGCCCUGUACGAGCUGCUCUGCACCUUCCAGGAGGGGAGACGGCUCAACGACCAGCGCUGCUCCUUCCAGCUGGAGGGCGGGAUGAGGCGGAGGAGGUGCCACUCCGAGCCCAACACCUCCAAGCCGGCCAACAGAGUCGUGUUUUCCUCCAUGACUUCACUGCAGAAAGAGGAGUUUUUCGAUCUGGUGGCCACGUCUCAGGCUCGCCGCCUGGACGACCAGAGGUCGCAGCUCGAAAAGUCUCAGCCGGCGAAACCGAAAUCCAGAGGUUUCAGAGGCAGCAUAAAGCAGCUGUCCUUUGUGAGGAGGCCCGCGCCCGCCCCGGUUCCCGUCCCCGUGCCCAAAGAAGAUCUGUACAAUAUGAUUCUCACGACACAAGCCCAGGGCCGCCUGGAGGAUCAGCGCAGCAGGGCCCCCGGUCCCAUGGACGACGAUGACUUCUUCUCCCUGCUCCUGAGGGUCCAGGGCGGCCGCAUGGACGAGCAGAGGACUGAGCUGCCAUGCAUGCUGCAAACCUGAGAUAGGGAAACCCCCCCCAAAAAACACACGUGGAAGCCAUCCAGUAUUGCAGCAUUUUUUUGGUCUAUUUUUAAGUCCCAACAGGUUUUUUUUUUGUCUGUUGUUGACCCUGAAAGCGCUUGGUUUCGGGGAACGUUUUUUCCUCUUGAUUGUGUUCGUCGCUGCUGAAAAAACGCUAAUGUUCGAGCAAAAGAGCUUUUAAUGCAACCCGCUAGGCGUUAGUGAUGAGAUGUUUAAGUUUACGGCCAUUUAGUCUUUUCUUUCCGAGUAAAUGAGAUCAGCAGAUACGCCUUCUUAUCCCGCCAAACCUUUUAUUUUAUUGAGUGUGUGUGUGUGAUGAGUGCUGGAAGGAUUUUGUGCAAAUUCCCGUUGUUAAUGUGGCGGCGGAAUUCUACUGAACUUUAUUGUUUUUCUUGUUUAUACAGUGGACAUUAAACCCACCGGGGACGGUGUUGAGGAGGUAAUGGCUCGCGUGCUUGACUGUAUGUGGAUCAUUCUCCUACAGGGAAAUAAACAAAAUGUUGAUCUGA